AUGUUUACUUUUACUCCGUUGCUCGGCGCCCAAUCGUCGGCCUCCAAGGCGUCCCAGUCUAUACUAGAGCUUGAUGGCGGGGUAAAGAUCCUCGUGGACGUUGGCUGGGAUGAUACAUUCGACCCUCUCGACCUGGUAGAAUUGGAGAAACAUGUCUCUACGCUUUCGCUUAUCCUCCUAACACACGCGACGCCUUCGCAUAUCGGUGCCUACGUUCAUUGUUGCAAGACAUUCCCUCUUUUUACUCAGAUACCCGUCUAUGCGACAAGUCCUGUUAUCGCGCUGGGACGUACCCUUUUACAAGAUUUGUACGAGUCAGCGCCGCUAGCUGCGACUUUCCUACCUAAAGCUUCCAUUUCGGAACCCGGUGCUUCGACAGCCGCUGCGUCCGCCGCAUCAGUGACCGAGGCCGAUGGCAAUGCGGACGCGACCAGCGCCGGACGGAUAUUAUUGCAACCUCCGACAACUGAGGAGAUUGCCAGAUACUUCUCCCUGAUCCAGCCGCUGAAAUAUUCGCAACCGCACCAACCAAUCCCGUCUCCGUUUUCUCCUCCGCUGAACGGUCUCACGCUCACUGCUUACAACGCUGGUCAUACUGUGGGUGGGACAAUAUGGCAUAUCCAGCAUGGCAUGGAAUCUAUCGUUUACGCUGUUGACUGGAACCAAGCUCGAGAGAGUGUUGUUGCGGGCGCGGCCUGGUUCGGAGGCUCUGGUGCGAGUGGAACGGAAGUCAUUGAGCAACUGCGGAAACCUACAGCAUUGAUCUGCAGUACUCGCGGUGGCGACAAGUUAGCUCUUCACGGUGGAAGAAAGAAGCGCGAUGAAAUGCUAUUAGAUAUGAUUCGGAGCACUCUUGUCAAAGGUGGCACAGUGCUGAUCCCAACAGACACGAGUGCGCGGGUGCUUGAGUUGGCGUAUGCCCUAGAGCAUGCAUGGCGCGAUGCCGCCAGAGACACCCAGGAUGAUGUCCUGAAACGGGGUGGACUAUAUUUAGCCGGCCGGAAAGUUAACACCACUAUGAGACUCGCGAGGAGUAUGUUGGAAUGGAUGGAUGAAAGUAUCGUUCGGGAAUUCGAGGCGGCCGAAGCUGCAGAUACUGCUGGACAAAAUACCGACGGGCAGCGCUCCGAUGCGCGCCAAGGUAAGGCCGACGGCAAGGGCCUGGGUCCUUUCACAUUCAAGCAUCUCAGGACAGUUGAGCGGAAAAAGAAGCUUGAAAAACUGCUCAGCGAUCCCACGCCGAAGGUCAUCCUUGCCUCUGAUUCGUCCUUGGACUGGGGCUUCGCGAAAGAAUCUUUGCGUUUACUGGCCGGUGGUGAAAACAACCUUCUUUUACUUACGGAUCCGCUACAUCAUCGCACGUUCUCCGACAAACAGAACGAGUCCCACCGAAGGACCCUCGGCAGCAUGAUUUGGCAAUGGUACGAAGAACGGACCGAUGGAGUUGCUCUCGAAAAGGGAUCCGAUGGUGAGAUGCUCGAACAGGUGCAUAGUGGUGGAAGGGAGCUGUCGUGGACGGAUAUACAGCGUGCGCCGCUUGAGUCUGGAGAACAGCUGCUAUAUCAACAAUAUCUUGCUACCAAGCGACAAUUCCAGGAUACAGCCCAGGCAAGAGGCCAGGAAAACCUUGAUACGGCUGCUGAUGCCCUGGAUGAUCGCUCUAGUUCUUCAUCUGAAGAGUCAGAUUCUGAACAGCAGGGACGAGUACUGAACUUUUCCACUUCUUUGGCUCAUUCAAAUCGCAACAAACUGGGCCUCUCUGACGAAGACUUGGGUGUUAACGUCCUACUCCGGCGGAAGAAUGUCUUCGACUACGAUGUCCGCGGCAAGAAGGGUCGCGAGCGAAUGUUUCCCUACGUAGCGCCGAGAAAGAAAGGCGACGAAUAUGGAGAAAUUAUCCGACCCGAAGAAUACUUGCGUGCCGAGGAGCGCGAGGAAAUCGACAUGCAGCAGCGCAGGACUGAAUCACAGCUCAAGCUGGGCCAGAAACGUCGGUGGGACGAGACUCAGUCUGCCGCUGGAACAGCGCGCAAGCAAGGCUCUGACAAUGCCGAGAGGAAGGAUGCGGAUAUGCUUGAUAAUCUGAGCUUGACGGAAGAUGGCGACGACGCGGACGCGGUAGUAGGUCCGGAUGAAGAAGACGACAAAGCGUUUGAAGGCCCGGCCAAAGCAAUCUAUGAAAAGGCCACUCUUACUAUUAAUGCUCGACUCGCAUUUGUAGACUUUACUGGCAUACACGACAAACGGAGCUUGGAGAUGUUGAUCCCCCUGAUUCAGCCGCGGAAGCUGAUCCUCGUGGGUGGAAUGGAGGAGGAAACAAUGGCCUUAGCGACAGAAUGCCAGAAACUCCUAGUCGCAAAGUCUGGUGAUGUAUCGUCAGCUACAGCUGCGGUCAUCUUAACCCCCGCGAACGGGGAGGUCAUUGACGCCAGUGUCGACACAAGCGCCUGGACCGUCAAACUGAGCAAUAACCUCGUACGACGACUUAAAUGGCAGCACGUCCGUACUCUCGGCGUAGUCACCUUGACAGGCCAGUUGAAGGCACCCCAGCCCGCAUCAACAGACCAAGACACAACAGACUCGCCCCACAAGAAACAGAAGCUAGUCGAGGGCGAAAUCACCUCCGAACAACCCACACCCACUCCCCAACCCGAACCCGUCGAGCCAAAACAAACACUGGACAAACCCGACGCCUACCCCAUCCUCGACACCCUUCCAGCAAAUAUGGCUUCCGGAACAAGAUCCAUGACCCGGCCGCUCCACGUCGGCGACCUCCGUUUGGCGGACCUGCGCAAGCUCAUGCAGGGCGCCGGCCACAAAGCGGAGUUCCGCGGCGAGGGAACGCUCCUCAUCGAUGGUUUUGUUGCCGUGCGGAAGUCUGGCUCUGGCAAGGUUGAGAUCGAGGCAGCUGCUUAUCCGGCCGGGCCGAGUGCGGGGAUCGCGCAGGGGGCAGGGAGCUUCCUUGCUGUUAAGCAGAAGAUCUAUGAGGGGCUUGCUGUUGUUGCCGGGGGUUGA